UUAAACCUGGCAGCCCAGAACAGCUGUUAAUUUUUUCGCAAAGAAAUCGCUACAAAGCGGAAUUUUCGGAAAUUCGUCGCCAUUAUAUCUUCCGGCUGUAAUAGUAUAUAGAAAUUUUUUGUGUAAUUUACAAUUUAGUUUAAAAUUUUUGAAAAAAUAACAGGAAUCGAAAAUCAAAAAAGUCAAAAUGUAUCUAACCAGACUGAAUAAUGUGGGACGCCAUCUGAUUCAACCAACUCUGCGGGCAACACAGAAUCCAACUCGUCUAGUUAGUACCACUAUAACAAACCGAGAGAUCUUCCAAGUGCAAAGCGCCGAAGAUUUUGAUCGCAAAGUUAAGAAAAGUGAUAAGCUGGUAAUAGUGGAUUUUUUUGCAACAUGGUGCAACCCAUGUAAAAUGCUCACGCCACGCAUUGAGACGGUGGUAGGUGAGAAGGCGGGCGCAAUAAAAUUGGCCAAAGUAGACAUUGAUGAGCACAGCGAAUUGGCACUCGAUUAUGAUGUUGCUGCGGUACCUGUCCUAAUAGUAAUGAAAGAAGGAAAAGUGGUGAAUCGUAUGGUCGGCUUACAGGAUACGGAUAAGAUACGCGCAUGGAUUGACAAAGCAGUGGAAGAAUCCAAAUAAUUUAAGAAAGUAUAACCUUAAAUGUAAACAAAUAACUUUGUAACCCAGCAUCGCAUAAAUAACUUUUGUUUGAAAUUGAAUAAAAUGGUUUAUUAAGGUACGAGAAAUAUUAA